AAUUUGUUUACGCCUGCUUCAAUACAAAAAAAAAAACAUCUCGGGAGGACGAAUUUUUGCUUGAAAUUUGCAAAUUCGGAGUGUUCAAACCCGGAAUCAAAAUCAUGGGUUUAAUCGAAGACGAAGUGGACGAAGUGUCCCGUUUGUGUGGCAAUGUUCUGCCACAUUCCAAGCUGAUAACGUGCAUGAAUUCUCUUAUUCGUGUCGAUAUCCACCAAACGGAAUCCCGGCAGCUGACGGUCUGUCUUCGUUUCCCCGCAGAUUAUCCACAGAAUAAGCUUCUGUUGGAGUUCAAGAGCAAAACGAUGUCGUUAGCGUUCCUGGAGAGGUUCACCAAGAUUUGUGACGAUAAGACAAGCGAAUUCGUCGGGAAGCCUCAAGUUAUGAAAGUGCUGAAAUUUGUGGACACUUACCUCCGGGACAAUCCGCUUUGCAUUGUGACCGAGGAGAUCUUUAAUAUCAAAAAGCUGCUUGAUGGAACUGCUGGGGAGUUGAAGCCACGCCAGAAAUCGUCCUCGGUCGGAUUAACAGCCAGAGGCGGUUCGUUCUAUUUCACGGCAAAGUUUCACGUUCCGGAAUUGUAUCCCGCGCAGAGGAUCGAUUGGGAAGACUACGACUGUAAUCUUCCCCUGCCUUUGGUUCGAUUUGUCAAUGGUCAAGCAAAAGAAAUCGCUAGGCAAUGCGUUGAGCCUCCGUUGAGGCAAUUGAGCACAAAUCAUGUAUUCACACCAAAACCAAGUUUGGAGAGAACGCUUCGCUUCAUAGUGGAAGCUAUGAAAGGAUUCCCCGAAGAGCGAUGUCCUGUCUGUGCGGAACUCUCGCUCCCGGUCGAUUCAGCCAAUGUGGUGCUAUCCGAAGAGGACGAUCGAUAUGUGAUUCGUAUGUUCUGCGGACACGUUUAUCACCAGGCGUGUCUGAGGAAGUUCAUGAGCGAACCGCCGUUUCCUCCGGGGGGAAAGAUUUGCCCGGCUCCGAAGAAGCAUCCACGAUCUGAUAGAAGGGCUGGUGGGGGAAAAGCGGUCGUAUGUAGCGGAAACGAACUCUGUCAGCAGAGGGUAACCCAUGAUAAGUGGGGUCUGAACGAUGUAAAAUCAGCGGAAGCCAAAUGGGCCCACCAGCAGGCAAGGAUUCGUGAACUUGAGGAAGUUAUCGACUUCCUGCAAUAGUUGGACUUGGGCGUGACUUUUGGAGCAAUAUUGGCAUGUGACUGGCUCUCUCUCUCUCUUCGACAGAGGUGAUUCUGAACAAAGGAAAUUCGAUUCAGAGUUAGAAUUGGACAAUUAUUAUCUGUCGUCGUGCAGGAGAAGCGAACGGAGAAGAAAGUGAUUGUGAACUGAAUGACCAAUGAUCUAACUAAACGGUGCUGGUACGCACAUAGAAGAAUAUUUGAAGAUAUUCGUAGAUUCAAUGUAUCUUUCCUAGCACCUUAAAUAUCGUACUGAUGAUGAUGAAUCAAUUCUACACAAUAUAGGUACUGUAACACA